CUAGAGGGAAGGGCAGAGCGCCAGACUCCUUCAGCAGUUUUAUCCAUCCAACCUUUACGACGCGGCCUUCUCAGAGGAAAGAUCUUUUAGCCCAGGACACUGAACAUUGUACAACACUAAGGCGGUUUUCCAAGUAUCCUCAAGAUUUUCACCUUAAAAAAAUAAUGCGUUUUCGCUUGUCUGUGUCUACGCUUCUCAUUCUUAUCUUCACGUUGCCUUCACGUGCUAUCCAAACUAACCAAACUAACCAAACUAACCAAACUCGUGAUGAAAAACCCAUAAUAAAUAUUGGGGCUCUCCUUUGGAAGGCGCAGCUGCUUGACAGUUUUGGUUACAAUCGGUCUGUUCAUCUGGCCAAGUCACUCGUCGAAAAUAGUACUCGGUUCAAGACUCUAACCGAUAGAUAUCAGCUGAAUUUGGUUAUAGAAGAUACAUUCGGAAUUCCGGGAUGGGCUAUAUCGAAAGCAUACCAGAUAACCCAAAGUAACCCGAUUCCAACAGCAGUUAUAGGGCCUGCCUUAUCAUCUUUAUUAGAUUAUGUAGCCACGACAGUCAACAUAAUUGCGUGUCUUUUGGUCCCCUAUACUACAAAAAUAGUCGAAGAUCCUCAAAAGACUAGUUUUGUUAUGAGUGCUUCGUCUGGUAUCCCACAAGAGAUAGCAGCUCGAAUGGCAUUCAUGAAAAGGUUCAAUUGGAAAAGAGCUGCUGUUAUUUACGAUAAAAGAAAUCAGUACCUAGUAACG